CAGCUGGGUCCUCUGAGAUCUUCUUGGGGGAGGACCACGCCACCUCAAAAAGGAGCUUCACCGCAUCUCUCACCACCGUAGCUGUGACAAGUGUCCCUGGAAUUUGGGGACUAGUUUGCCUCUAUGGAUGGGCACGUCCCGGGAACGCCUUCAUGUACUCAAGGGCCCUUAGUGAGAACUGUCAAUAUUGGUAUAUCCUUUCCUAAGGCUAUGGAGUGAACUGGCACAGAACAAUAGCCUGAGUGUAUGUGUGUGAAAGAGUGCAUGUGUGUAUAUAUGGUAUACUGUAGCUUGCAACUUCCUGACUUCUUCUGUCCUAUUCUAAGGAACAUUCAUUUCAUUCUACUGAUUUGGACAAACCGUGCAAAGAUGGGGUGUUCGCUUGGGGUCCUUCUACUUCUCCUGUGUGCUCUCUCCUUAGGAAGCAGCAACCUGAUCCAGUUUGCAGAUAUGGUCCGUCAGAUGACGGGAAGGCUGCCCUCUCUCUUUUACAAUGGGUACGGAUGUUACUGUGGACUUGGAGGAUCCAGAAAGCCCAUGGAUGAAACUGACUGGUGCUGCCAUACCCACGAUUGUUGCUAUGGAAAGAUGGAAAAACUGGGUUGCAAACCCAAACUAGAGCUUUAUACCUACUUUGUCGGGAAGAGCAGAAUCGUGUGUGGUGGAAGGACAAUGUGCCAGAAGAUGACCUGCGAGUGUGAUAGAGUAGCCAGCUUCUGUUUCCAAAAAGCCGCCUAUCACAUCAAAUAUGCCUUUUACCUAAACAUUCUAUGCAGAGGCCCCACGCCUCCUUGCUAGGAUCCCGGAAAGGCGGCUUUCUCAACUGCCUUCCUGAAGGUGGUGCAGUUAAACAUAUCCUCUUGCUCAAUGUUUAUUUCAUCCCAUCAUUUCUUAGAGUCAACCUUGCAGCGCCAUUGUCAUCACCUGACACACUUGAGAUGCCGUGGGGGCCUCAACAACUGGGCAGGCUGCACCACUCCUACCUCUCCUGGGCCUCCAGUACCUGGCAACUUGGUCUGGCAGGCGCUUGCCAUUUUUAUUUCCCACAAUGCCCUUAGUGUCGUGUCACUCCAGGGCAUUGUUGGAAAUUUCAAGGACAGCUUCUCCACCUCAAGUGCGGCCCCCUCAGACUUGGAAUUGACCCUACCACCUGAUCCGGCCUCAACCCCAAACUCGUUUUUCAAGUGACUUAAUGAUCAUUCAUCAUUGUUUGUUCUUAGAAAUGCUUGUAAGCCACCCUGAGAUCUAUACUGGAUGAUGGGCAGUUGAGAAGCUGCAGACAUGAGUAAAUAAAAACAAAUAACAUGGAA